AUGUGCGAACCUGAAGAAGCGCCCUUAAAAACCCAACCGGAGAAAGUGAAAAAGAAAUCGUUUAAGGAAAAAAUAGCAUACAUACGAGAGAACAUCACACUAGAACCAGUAUUAAUCAGCUACGUAAUUCCAGGAUCGCUGUCUAGACUUGCUACCCAAAAUCUGAAUUUGGACAAAGCGUGCAGAGUUAAUCUUCAUUAUGACUCAAAUGUUUGCGACGCGCUCAUCGCCCAGAAAGGAUUAUAUGUACAAGAGGAAAUCGAAGUACAAACACUUGUUGCAUCUAUGGAGGCAUGGAAAAAUAUCAUACUAACAGCGAUCCCAAGUUUCCUCAUACUAUUCUUAGGCGCCUGGAGCGAUCGAACUGGCAAGAGAAAAAUAUGCGUCCUUAUGCCAAUAGUUGGAGACUUGCUUAUGUGUUUAAGUAAUCUUCUGAAUACGUAUUUCUUCUACGAAUUGCCAGUUGAGGUUACCAUGUUCUUCGAGGCAUUUUUUCCCGCUAUAACUGGAGGUUGGAUAGCCACCUACAUGGGAGCAUUUUGUUAUAUUAGUGAAAUAUCUAGUGAGGAGUCUAGGACAUUUAGAGUUGGUAUUGCAAACCUAUGCCUCACUGUCGGUUCUCCCAUAGGUCAUGCUUUAAGUGGAAUAUUGCUCAAUAGAAUUGGAUACUAUGGAAUAUUUUCUUUUAGUUCGCUGUUGUACAUUUUUAGUUUGUGCCAUGGUUUCUUUUGCAUGAAAGAUCCUGAAAGGCCUAAGGUGGACAAGAAAGGUGAAGACAAAGGUGUGUGCAAUUUCUUGAAGUCCUUCUUCAAUUUCAAACACGUGAUGGAUACUAUGAAAGUCGUUUUCAAAAAGGGUCCUAAUCGACGUCGCACCAAAUCGAUUUUAGUUCUGGUUUCCAUAGCUUUUGUCUACGGUCCUAUGUACGGUGAAUUCACAGUAAGGUACUGGUUCACGAGAUACAGAUUCAACUGGGACGCUAUGAAAUAUAGCUUCUAUAACACAUUCUAUAUUUGUCUUCAUGCACUCGGUGCCUUCAUCUCGGUUAGUAUAUUCAGUCGAAGAUGGCAAUGGAGCGACGCCACUCUUGGGAUUAUUUCAACUGUAAGCAAACUAAUGGGCGGUUUAGCUGCAAGUCAAGCUAGAACCACAUUACAAAUGUAUUUAGCCAUUGCCGUCGAGACAUUUAAUGCGACAUCCUUCACAGCACUAAGGUCGAUCUCAUCUAAACUGGCUAAAAGUGAUGAAUUGGGAAAGAACAUCUCGAUCUUCAAUCUAUUAGAAGUGGUGACGUCCAUGGUAUUCGGACCAGCUUAUUCAAUGAUUUACAUGAUGACGCUAAAAGUUGACGUGUCUAUUGUGUAUUAUUGUAGCACUGUGCUGACAAUUCCAGCUAUAUCCAUAUUUACGUGGUUUUAUAUUCAGAACAAGAAAGACAUACGAAGGCAGAAAGCUGAGAAUAUAGCAGAAAAAACGGAUCAAUGUAAAGAUAUAGGACCCGAUUCUACGAGAAGGAAGGAAUCUUUAAUUGGAAGCAUAGAAAUAGCUGAUAGCAAAAUUAUUUAG